UUGUAACCUCCUACACACACACUCUUCUCUUUUCCCCUCAUAGCCUCAGAUUCCUGAGCGGACAGAUAGUGUGGGUGCAAUAAGUGACUCUGCAGUGGGAGCGGCUAACAGGGUUUUGGACAGAAGAGAUGAGACAACCAGCUCUGGUUCAAAUAGCUCUAAAAGCCGUUUUCAAAUCAUCCCCACACCACCGGAUGUCAUCUGUCAUUUAGAGAAAAGCAAGACUGGUUUCAGCACCUGCAGUUCCGCAGCUCCCUCUAGUGGGUCUGAAGGGUCUCACAGGCAGACCCUGGGCCCUGGCAGGAAAGAGAAGGAGUGUUUUGCUGUGGGCAGAUUGAAUGUGACAGCUGCAGCUGAUCAUGAGGAAGAGGGAACAUCCAAACCCCUCAGCAGCAAUCGUUACUCUGCCCCGCCAAACUUCUAUCAUGUCACCCCCACCUCCAGCCCCGACCUCACCCCCCGGCACAUCCCCCGGGCCCAGACCAUCGGCACUCCGACCCAUCACAGCUACCGCCAUGCCUCUCACCUCUACUCUGACUCGGCAGAUGAAGACAGCAGUGGUGUAGCCCCUCCCCUUGCCCAGCCCGCUCCCUCCGCUCAUGCUCUGUCUGCGCACAGUGGAAGCGACCUCAUGAAAAGGGCAGUGGCCUUCCUGCGGCGCAGUGGCCGGAGCAAAAGUGAGCAGAGCUCGGAUUCACCGAGCAGACCGCCCGUGGCAAUGAACGGACACACCACCUCGCCUCCUGCCCACUCAUCCUACAUCAGCAGUGACAACGACUCGGAGUUUGAGGAUGCAGAUAUGAGGAAAGAGCUGCAGAAGCUGAGAGAAAAACACAUGAAGGAGAUUUCUGAGCUGCAGGCGUUCCAGAGAGGGGAGAUUGAGCAUUUGUACACGGAGCUGGGUAAAAUGUUGCCCUCCAAUGUCGGCUUGCUUCACGCAGCACCUCUAAGCGGCCGCAGGCGCAAGGCCAGCAAACACAAGCUGAAGGCUGGAAAACUGCUCAAUCCCAUGGUGCAGCAGCUCAAAAACAACAUGAGCACCGCUAGCGAGAGGAAAGGUGAAAGCGCUGCCAGUUCUUCCAGUUCCCCGGCUAAGAGCUCCAUCUUGUCGGACGGCUCAGCCCACUCCAGUGGCAGCUCCAGCUCCAGCAGUCACACCAGCGCCACCCCAGAGCAGGUGCACACCCAGCAGCCCUGCUCCCUGAAGGGCUCCUUCUCCUCGGACAACAUCUACGCUGGGCAACACGGAGACGGGACGACUAACCAAGCAGGCCAAGGCUGGACGGUUUACCACCAAACGUCAGAGAGAGUCACCUAUAAAUCUAGUAGCAAACCACGCACUAGAUUCCUCAGUGGACCUGUGUCUCUGUCCAUCUGGUCCACUCUGAAACGACUAUGUCUAGGCAAAGAGCGCAGUAGUAGGUCUUCUCCCCACACCACCACUGCUCAGACGGCCUCCAGUCAGACACAGCCGGCAUUCGCCACACCCUCGCCAUCUCCCCAGCCAAUCACACGGCUCGCUCAGGUCCAGACCAACAACAGCAACAACAAGAGAGGCACGUUCACGGACGAUCUUCACAAGCUGGUAGACGACUGGACGAAGGAGACUGUUGCGGCAGCCAAUCAGCCGCGGCCCUCCCUCAACCAGAUGAAACAGCAGAGACGCCAGCAGGACCUGGAGGGCAGAGUGUCACCCGUGGGAGCAGCUGCACAAGAGAUGAAAUGCCAUGUCGGUCCCCGCAAGUUCCAGCUGCCUCUUUCCUGCCCCCUGACUGCUGCUUUAGGCCCCGGUACGCCCUCAAACCUAGCUCCCAACUCGGCAGCGCUCCCUCCUGGGUACGGGAUGGCUCCUGGUCCUCUUUACCCGCAGCAGUGGUCCGGCAUGCCCAGUCCUGUAGGGUCCGGGGGUCCUGUAGGCCUGCUCGGUGCUGCAAGAACGAUGCCCUAUGCCCCAACGGCAAACCAGGGGAUCCAAGCCUACAACCUCAUGCACGAGCCCGAGAAUGGCCACUGUCCAAAAACCGCUAGGACUACCUAAUCUGCUACCUAAUAUUUGUUCACGUGUAAGGGCACGAUAGUCCAACUCCACUCCAUUCUGCUUCAUCAGAGUCACAUGUACAUAAUCUGAUGUUGUAAAUGACCCAAGUGUUGAUAUUCUUUCAGCAACACUUAUAUCUGUGGUUAAUUUGUGUGUGUCUAUGUGUAAGUUUGUGUAUACAAUAUUUGUUAAGUAUGUAUGUCUGAUAUCUAAUGCUUUUUGGUUUUGACUAAACUUAGCAAUACAAGACUACUUGUCUGCAGUCACGAAAAGCAAAUAUCACUUUACUCUUUAUUACUGCAGUUCUCCCCUUUUUUUGUUACAUACACUUUAAACACUACAUUGGAAUCCAAAUACCAGUGGUGUGAGAUACAGUAACCGGACAGUAUUUAUGAUGAGGAUAUUUGAAGGAAUGUAGUGCCUUGAACAUUGAUUUAUUGAUUAUUUAAUUUUUUCUGUGAACAAAGUGUGUCUGUAUUCAAGUUAUUUUAAUUUUAGGGUAGCUUGAGUGCAGUCUCUUUUUUUAUUUUAAUGCAUUACAGACACUUUCCUUUUUGGUUUACAUAUGAAUGCCCUUGUAGAACUGCACUAUUAACAAAGUAUAUGCUCUUAUUUUAAAUAAUAAAAUAAUGUUUUAACCCUUGUUUACUUUACACCCCAGUGACAGAUGGAAUGCCAUAGUGGUGAGAUGUACCAUUGCCUUGCAGAAACAAACCGUUAAUGUGAGACUGAUGAGAGAAGGAAAAAGAUUACGCCAGCAGACAAAUCCACUCUUUCAGGUUAAAUGGUUGGGUGGGACGCAGCCUCUUUUUGAUAGGACAACUGAUGCACGGGAGUUGGCAGUGCUGUAGCCUUGUGCUCUAAAGAAAGGCAGUGUCCAGAGCCAUAUAUACUGUACACAGUUCUUUGUGCAGUUUAUUUCUCUGGUAGUGUUUUGAUCAGAAUGUAGCAAUUAUUGUCAAGGCUAGAGGCUAAAAAGUGCAAUUUAACCCCUCCACAAAGCUUUGAUCGUGGCCUUGCCACAAGCCUUAUCUCUGUGCAGAGGAGCAAGCUGAGAGUUGAACAGUUAUAAAUCACAAAGCAACAGACUGAAGUAACUGGACAAAUUCUAAACAUUACAAACCACCCAGCAAACAUGCCACUACUGCUAACUGCUCUUUCAAAUAGGCUAUCUGAUUACUCUGCAUACACUUCAAGUGAAAUGUUUUGUGCAAUCACCAGUGUUUAAAUUGUUUGCUGUUUAAAAGCUUGAUUUUUCUUUGAUGCUGCUAUUGUCUGAGGUGAUUCUACUGUACAGUUGAGCAUAAUAUUCACAUACAAUGGUACUUUAAAUAUUAAAACCUCCUCAAAUGAGGCGCAAACAAAGCAGUGUUAUUGCCUUGUUUCACAGGUUGCUUUGGAUGAGUCUUUUUUUUCAUUUUCAGUAAUAUAUUGCAAAAUUCAAACGAUACAGUACUUAUUGCAGGAGAUUUGCACAACAUAUGGUCUCCCUUAAUUGUAACCUAUGUUUAAGAGUUUCCUACACUGUAUAUAGUGGGUUUCCCCACCUGUAAUUUUGUAUCACCAACAAGCAUGCCCAAUUUUUCAUGUUCCAUAAAGCAAAGAUAAACAAUAAAGCUAGAAUGGUUGGAUAUUUCACAUAUACACGAUACAUUUAAAAGGUUUCAGCAACCCAAUUCUGCCAAGCUGUGAAAUGUACAGUUUUCUCGUACUUUAUAUUUGUAUUUUUUUUUUGGAAUGUUAAGAUGGGGUGGUGGUGGUGGUGGAGGGGUUGCUUUGAUGUACAUUAUUUCAUCAAUUCGGUUUGAAUUGGACUUUUAUAGGAUAUUAUGCAGAAUCUUCUGCUUUGGUGAAAUACUUCCAGUAGUAAGAGAUUUCUGUUCUCUGUCACUUGUAUCUGGUUUUGUUCCACCUCCUUCGCUGCUAACUCAUGGUGAGCAGAGGAAGGAAUAACUAUUGUUGGCAUACUCACUUGGAUGCAGUGAUCAAUCAGAGGAGCUGAGAUGCAAAGAGGAGGAGGAGGAGGAGUCCUGAAAAUGUGCAAUCUGCUCAUCUCACUUCUCUCUGUAAAACAGUGCCCCCUGGUGAAUAUGCUCUGAUUGUCAAAGGCUUGUAUUCAAACAGUGGGAUUGCUUCUGCCUGCUGUAUAUCCCACUGCAUUACCCCACCCUACCCUGCUGCACUCUAAUCACAGACUGAAUGUUGGGAAAUAAAUAAAUAUUAUUUUGUGCUUGA